AUGGAAGCCUCUGACCCCCCCGCCACAGUCGCGCAUUGUGCAGAUCUUCAACAUCGUUAUCGUCCCGAUCCUGUGGUCGGAGUGCGGGAAGGGGGCUUCCAGCCUGCUGCUUCAGGCAUGUAUGAUUCAAUUUCUGAACUAUCGGUACCUGACCAUCCUUCAAGUUCUAGCAUUUCUGAUCGCCGCCAUGAUACGUGCAACAUCUGGAUCAACUAUCAGAAUGUGCGGGGACUGCGAACGAAAAUCGACGAGUUUUUUCUUCACGCUGAAGACAGCAUGUACGAUGUCAUCAUUCUCACCGAAACCGGCUUAGACGACCGCAUCCAUUCGCUCCAGCUUUUUGGGAACUCAUACAGUGUUUUUCGGUGCGACAGGAGCGCCAUGAAUAGUGAGAAACGUUCUUUCGGAGGUGUUUUGAUUGCUGUGGACAAACAAUUCCCAUGUACUCUUUUUGUACCCGCACACGGAAGGCAUUUAGAGCAGGUAUGCGUUCGAGCGACUAUUCGUUCUAAGAAAAUAUUACUGUGCGCCGUAUAUAUACCACCGGACAAAAGUAACGAUGCAUCUGUCAUCGAUGCACAUGUUGCUUCUGUUCGCGAAUUUUGUGACGAUAGUUGUCCUGAUAGCACGGUAGUUGUUUGCGGCGACUAUAACCAGCCUCGAAUCGCCUGGGACAUAUGCAACGGUGUGAUACAGCAUACUAAUCCUGCCCAGCUCUCUGCAAGUAAUGCAACAUUGAUUGAUGGGAUGGACUUUCUAGACCUAUAUCAGGCUAACUUGCAACGUAAUUAUCUUGGCAGAGGGUUGGAUCUUGUUUUCUGCAAUAGUGGUAGUAACGUUUUGGUUGAUAGUUGUGAAAUGCCGCUGAUUCAACCUGAUUCGCAUCAUCCUCCUCUAGUAAUUAAGCUGCCUGUUUCCAACUGUCCAGCUUCCACUCCAGUGUAUGUCUCACCGUCAAGACAGGAAUUGAAUUACCGCAAGAUCGAUUUCGUUGCCCUUUCCGCAUAUCUUUCGAGCAUUGAUUGGACUAGUUUGUUUGAGUCAGAAUCGGUUGACAUUAUGACUUUGCGCUUUUGCGAUGCUAUUCGCUCAUGGUUGACCGAAACAUUACCUUUCGUGAAGCCCCCCUUCGCACCUGCAUGGGGCACCAGCAUGCUACGGCACUUGAAACGACUUCGAAACACAUAUCAGCGUAAACACCGUAAAUGGCGAACUGUUCAAACAAAAUACCACUUCAAACGUGCCAGUGAAAAGUACCGACGGCUAAAUGCUAGUUUGUAUAAAUCGUAUGUUCUGAGCGUUCAGGCUAAUUUGCGAAGAAACCCGAAAAAGUUCUGGAGCCUCGUAAACUCGAAAAGGAAAAGCUCUGCAAUUCCGUAG